UCAAAAUGGCGACUUUCACGGGGUAGCCCAUAUCCGCCGCAUACUGUAUCGUUUUGGUCAAUAUUUUCAGUGACUUUUGGAUUGUGUUUAUUCAGUUUUGUGAACAAUCAUUCAGUGUUACAGUGGAAUUUUUACACCGAUUCUUCAUUACCAGCCGUGUGGAAUACUUUGAUACGAGUUUUUGCAAAGCGAUGCGCCGUGCGGCCGCCGUGUGACGACGAUGUGCAAUGACGGCUGAGGGCGCCGCGCGUCGAACACGGCGCGCCACAACGCAACAUGUCGUUUUUUAAUAACCUUAAGAAGGUCCUGCACCUAGGCAGCGGCCAUGACGCGAAGAAGAAGAAGGUAUUCGCGAACAUUCGCGACAACUGCGACCCGGCCGAGAACUGGGACAUGAUCGGGGAGCUGGGCGAUGGCGCUUUCGGAAAGGUGUACAAAGCCCAGCACAAGACAACCGGCCAGCUGGCCGCGGCCAAGAUGUGCGUUCUGGACAACGAGGAUGACCUCGCCGACUUCACGGUGGAGAUUGACAUCCUGUCGGAGUGCCGGCACCCCAACGUGGUGGAGUUGCACGAGGCGUACUUCAUUGACAACAAGUUGUGGAUGUUAUUGGAGUAUUGCGACGGUGGCGCCCUCGACUCGGUAAUGGCGGAACUAGAGAAAGGUCUGAACGAGCCGCAGAUCGCGUACGUCUGUCGGGAAAUGUGCAGGGGCCUGGAGUUCCUACACUCGCAGAAGGUGAUCCACCGCGACCUGAAGGCCGGCAACGUGCUGGCCACCAUGAGCGGCGGGGUCAAACUGGCUGAUUUCGGCGUAUCGGCAAAGAACAAGUCCACUUUGCAGAAACACGACACGUUCAUUGGCACUCCGUACUGGAUGGCGCCGGAGGUGGUGCUGUGCGAGACGUUCAGAGACAAUCCGUACGAUUUCAAGGUGGACAUAUGGUCGCUAGGCAUUACCCUGAUAGAGUUCGCACAGAUUGAACCCCCCAACCACGAGAUGACUCCGAUGAGGGUCCUGCUCAAGAUACAGAAGAGUGACCCGCCGUGCUUGGAGCAACCGUCCAAUUGGAGCAGAUGUUUCAAUGAUUUCAUCGCUAAAGCUUUAGUCAAGGACCCGGAGAAGAGGCCCACGGCGUCGGAGCUCCUCAAACACGAGUUCGUGCAAGGCGACCAGGACGCGAAGCCGCUCAGGGAGCUGCUGCUGGAGUACAGGGCCGAGGUCGUGGAGGAGGAGCUGCUGGACGACGAGUGCGAGGAUCACCGCAGUUCCCAGAUGCAUAUGGAGAUGGAAGAUGACUCCACCUCAGUCAGGUCCGGGGAGACGCCAGACGUCAAGAUGUCGGAGCCGCCUGCCCCGGCCGCCCCCGCGCCCCCCGCCGCCCCCGCGCCCGCCGCGGCCGCCAAGCGCGCCCGAGGCGAGGACUCCGGGCCCGCUGACAGGAAGGCGCCGGCGCCAAAGAAAGAGAAAGGCCCCGCGCCGCCUCCCCCCGCCUCGCCCCCCGCCUCCCCCGCGCUGCCCCCCGCCGGCGCCGCAUCCGCUCCGAGCGCCGCCAGCCUCGCUACGAGCGUCACAAGCGUCGUCACGAGCGUAACCAGCGUCACCACGAGCGUUUCGAGCGUUACCACGAGCGUAACCAGCGUCACCACGAGCGUGACAAGCGUUACCACGAGCGUGACAAGCGUUACCACGAGCAAAAAGCCGCCCGCGCCCCCGCCGCCGCACGCCGUAGGGAAACUCAUUGUGGACCAGGUAUGCCGCGACGCGGAGAAGGCCGUAGAGAACAACAAACACACAGACAAGACGACGGACAAAAAACCAAAGCCAACCGCGGUGGUGACCAACGAUGUUACCACCACAACUCCAUCCCCAGAACUGGUUAAAGACAAGAGAAACUCCAUCAUCGACAAAACAGAAGAUAGACUUGACAGAGCGGAGAAGAACGACAAAGUGACAGAAAUAAGAAUUGAAUCCAACGACAACUCUGUAGCUAUAGUUGAUAAUAAGAAAACUGAGAUUAUUAAUUUGGUGGCGGAUAGAAGGAGAUCGCUCGAGGAGAAGUUCAAUAAUAACGUUGAGAGGCACAGGAGUUCCAUUGAGAGCAAAAUGUCCGUGGAAGAUAGAGUUGAGAAGAGAUUGGAAGACGCCAGGAAUUUGGUUAUAGUCGAGAAGAACAACGUAGGAGUGGAGAUUGAGAACGAUAAGAGGUGUUCGGUUAGUGAGCGUGUUGAGAAAAUCGAGGAGUGUGUCAGUGACGGUGUCAAAGUGAACGUGGAAGUGAAUAGGAUAGGCAGUAGAGACGAGAGGAGUAGGAGAUCGCAGCAGAAUCUGGUAGAGAUCAGGCCUGUCACGCCAACUAAGGACUUCGCGCCGCUACCACCCACCCAACUAGUGGUAGUCCCCACCACGGUGGUCCCGCUGGAACCCCGCGCGGUUGUGGUGGAGGCGGGAAUCGAACCCAACUCCCUCGCCGCGUCGCCGGCCGGUCUUGUCACUUUAACCACUACACAUCCGCCGGUGCUUAAUCUUAAUAGAGACCUACCCCCCAACGCGGUGACGAUAUCAACAACGCCGCCGAUAGACGAGGUGGUGAUCGUGGGCGCCGCUUCCUCCUCCGACGACGACUGCUUCGCGCCGUCCUCGCUAGACUCGCUCGACACCGCGGCUUCUUACACAGAGAAACGCGGCCGCCGCCUCGACAGCAGCGAAGUUCUGAUCCUGAGCCCCACGCACGCCGACUCGGGCGUGUUCGACGAUAGCGUACACAAUGUGCUCAGUUUGGACACGUCUCACGUGUCAGUGGUGACUGUCGGCAAUGAGGAGGUGCGAGUGUUGGACUCGGCCGCGCGAGAGAACCCGCGCGCGCACACGAGGCUCAGUCCGGACAGUUUUGCGCAGCGCUCGCAGAGCGACAGCGGCUCGCUGUCGUCGUCGUCGCGCACGGCCUGCGCCGACGCCGACUCGCUCGCCGCCGAGGACGCGUGCGAGGCCGAGCUGCACAACGGGGUGAACAGAGUGAACACGGAUCAUCAAGUUUUGGAGAACGGUGAUCAGGUCGUGCUGAGGAGGAAAACUCAGGAGCAGCCGAACAGGUUACAAAGGUCCAAGGAGGACAUCCACCUCGCGAACCUGAAGAAGAAGACGCGCAAGCGCACGCGCAAGUUCGAGAUCGACGGCGUCAUGGUCACCACGACCACUUCAAAGGUCAUAUGGGGUGAUGAGGAAAGCGGCCUGACUCUGGACGACCACGCGCUCAGGAAACAGGAGCUGAGGGAGAUCAAGAUGCUGCAGAAACAGGAGCAGAAGCAGUACCAGCACCUCAACGCCAAGGGGACGCAGCUCAGGGAGCAGCAGGACAAGAGGUUCGAGGCGGAGCAGGCGGCGCUGGCGCGCGCGCACGACGCGGACCUGGAGGCGCUGGCGCGCGCGUCGCGGGCGGGCGCCGAGCGCGCCGAGCAGCAGCUGGAGGGCGAGCUGCGCGCCUGCGCCAAGCGGCUGCGCGCCGACCACGAGCGCGACCUGCGCCACUUCCGCGACACGCUCAAGCAGGAGCUGCGGCUGCUCAAGCAGGAGGUGGAGCUGGUCGCCAAGGAGCGCCGCAAGGACGCGUACCGGCAGCGCCGCCUGCGGCUGGACGCCGAGCACGCGGAGCGCGAGCGGGCGUUCGUGGCGGGCCUGGCGGAGGCCGCGGACGCGGUGCUGCGGCGCGCGCACGAGAACCACCGCGCGCGGCAGGCGCUGGCCGACCGCCAGUACCUGCAGCAGCGGCAGCAGAUAAUGCGCACCCGCGAGGCGGCGCUCUGGGAGCUGGAGGAGAAGCAGAUCCACGAGCGCCACCAGCUCGCCAAGCGGCAGAUCAAGGAGGAGUUCCUGCUGCAGCGGCACCAGAUGCUGGUGCGGCACGACAAGGAGCUGGACCAGAUAAGGAGGAAGAACACGCGCAAGGAGGACGAGCUGGCCAAGUGCCAAGCGCUGGAGAAGCGCUCGCUGCCGAAGAGGAUCCGCGCGGAGCAGAAGGCGCGCGAGAUGAUGUUCCGCGAGUCGCUGCGGAUCUCCGCGCCCGCCGCGCACGGGGACGCCGACCGGGAGAAGCUGAAGAAGUUCCAAGAGAACGAGAAGCGGCGCUACCGAGCGGAGCAGGAGAGACUCGCCACCAAACACGCCAAAGCCAGGGAGGAGCUGAGGGCGGCCGGGGAGGCGCAACUUCGGGAGCUGGAGCAGCUGCAGAACGAGAAGCGCAAGGCGCUGACCAACCACGAGAGCAACAAGAUCAAGGCGGCCGAGGAGAGGUACUCCGUGGAGCUGCGGGAGUGGCGCGCCAAGCUCGGCAGCAGGAAGGCGGCAUUGGAAGAGGAAUUCGCGGCUCAGCUUGAGGAACAGGAGAGGCAAGCCGCCAAGGCCGCGAGGAUCCCCACGGCCAUGCCUCAACACAGCUCCGCGCUGCACUCGUCCAGGACUAGCCUGGCGUCGAGCCAUUACGACUAGCGGCUAGUCAUCGUCAUUGUAGCGUGUUCCCGCUCACAUGAUUACCAUGGAAAUGAAGAUAUCGAGAAUAAAUCAUCAGAGUAACUUGUUAUCGUCACCAUAGUUUGUUCAAGUAGUCACGUCUUGAGAUUAUGUCAUUCGAGCUUCGAGCGAUGUUGCUUUACUGCCCGGGGUCUAUUAAUAAAAUGAUUAGACUAGGUUAUAAUAUUGAGAUUAUAGCGUAUUAGGGUAGAAAAGAACAUUUUAGGACGCACUGAGAAUCUCUUUCUUUGUAGUCUGGUCAAAGUUAAAUGACUAUCAACGCAAUUAAUUCGUUUCACGAAAUCAUACAAGAUAAUGAAUGGAAAAGCGAUGGGGCGCUAGCGUCUGUAUUUUAUUGACGGUAAAGAAUUGAAGCUACGAGAUAUUUUACUCAUAUAUUUUUAUUUAGAAAUAAUGCGUUUUAAAAAAUCUGGCAAAAUGAUAUUAUCAAUGUGAAAUUGCGAUGAAUUUGUAUGUAGAUAAAAUUAUGUCAAAAAAAGAUAUGAAAUGCGAUAUUUACUUAUUGCACCUACAACAAAAGUUACUUAAAAGUCUCUAAUUCAAAAAGGUAUAUUCCCGAUAUGUAAGUACAUUAUACAAUUUAGGAAUUUAAAUGAGUGAAUAAGAAUUACUAUAUUGUAUAAUAUUGGGUGAAAUUACCAUUUUAUGGCAUAAUUUAUAAACUCCACGUUGUUUUCGCAUAACUUCCAUAAAUAACUUUUUCUUAUGUAUGAAACGUGAUGCGAAGCGGUGAUUAUACAAAAAAAUGCGCAUACUUUAAAUUAUGUCAAUAAAAAUUAUGAAACCCGAACAUCAAAUUGCUCCUCUUUAGGUGGACAGAGGUCGAACAAAACCAAUUUUUAACAUAAUUCUAAAAGUCGACUGGACGAUGUGGUAGAUUCGCUAUGAAAUUGUAGACAAAUUGAUCUGAAUGUGCAUGUUUAAUCAAAGAACAUUUGAGAUGAGUAAAAAAUGCCUUAAAACUAGCAUAUUAAUAUUAUGAUAAAAACAAAAUAUAAUUUCCAAAAGUGCCAAAUAUAACUUAUCCGUAUAUAAAGGCGUGUGAAGACAUCGAAAGUCUUCGUAUGUCAACAAUUUUUGUUAAAUUUCACUGAAGAAAUCUCCAAAUUUUCGCGCGCUUCCUACUCUCAAUGAUAUAUAAUAUACGAAAAAAGAAACUAAUUUUUUU